AUGGAGCUGUGUGAAAGCUGCGACAGUCUCAGGAACACACUGGGCUCUGUUUUGUCUGAGAUUAAAGGUUCACAAGAUGUCCGAGACCAGCAAGAAAACAUGUUGUGCGAUGCUGCUCAAGCACAGGACAUGGUUCUCCAGUGGAAGGCCCACAUCCGAAGGGCAGAGAAUCAAGAUCGCGCGAAAACUGAUGCCGUUAAUUGCCUUCAGAGUGAUACCAUUCUCAUAGUGAUGGAUUGGGCCAUGAAGUUUAUACAGAUGAAAUACCGCGAGAAAGAAUCAGAAUGGUAUGGAAAGCGUGGGAUGAACUGGCAUAUAAGCUGUGUCCUAUCAAAACCAGCAGACAGAGAACAGCUUGAGGUUACUUCUUAUGUGCAUCUCUUUAACAAUUGUGCCCAAGACUCUUACACAGUUUACGCGAUAAUUAAGCAUCUCUUGAAGACUCUGAAAAUCGCCAACCCGCACAUCAGCAAAGCCUUGCUGCGUUCAGAUGGAGCUGGAUGUUAUCACAACAACAACCUGAUUGCUGCUUUGAAUGAGGUUCACGUUCAUACUGGCAUAAGUGUGUUAAGGUAAUUGCUUUAUUGUUUAUAUCUCUUAUUGCACAUCGUAAACAUUUUACUACUCCGAGAUAUCAGCUCAAGGAACAAACAUGCUACAUUCAUAUAUUUCAUAACCUCUGUGCGCUAAGUAGCCACGUGCGUAUUUAUUAUUCUCCAUUGCGUUUCACUGCAGAGAUCAUAAACUCGUCACUCUAGAUACCGAAAUAUGCAUGCGCCGGAUAUGAUUUGUAUAAAAGAAAACGGGAAAGUAAAAUUCAAUUCUUAUCAAGGGGAUGUUUGUUUCGAUACUUUAAGGAUUAAUCAGAUAACAACAACUUCCAGUAAGCGCUUUCACCGUUGAUUUCUGGGUAUGACUUUUCGGAGCCGCAGUUCGGGAAGGAUGUGUGCGACCGCAUCAUCAGCCCCCUGAAGGGCGUGGUCAGACGCUUCUGUAACGAGGGUAAUGAUAUCCUGUCGGCGGCAGACAUGCGUGAAACGCUCAAGGUCCGACCAGUGAAGGGAUGCACAGCUGCUGUUUGCGAGAUAGAGCGCACUGAUCAAGAAAUCAAGGUAAACCGCAUCCCAAACUUCAGCACCUUUCACAACUUUUCAUUUGAGGGAACUGGGCUGCGAAUGUGGAAAGCCUAUGAUAUUGGAGCUGGAAAACUCGUGCUGUGGUCAGACCUAGACGUCCAAGUUCCUUGUGCAAUAACCUUGAAACCUGCCACCAACCAACUACAGUUCUGGGAUGUUCAACCUAGGUGUGUAAAACUACAAGGAAAGACGAACCAAAGAGUAAAGCUUGACACAGAAACUGCGCUAUUCGAAUGCAACGAAGCCGGCUGCUCACAUUCAUUCGAUAACUAUGAUGCCUUACAGGACCACAUCAACUUUGGCUAUCAUGAUCCCAUCAGCACAAAUCAAGAAAGUGUUUACGACAAGUUGCGUCGCGAGUGGGUUCGGAAAUUCGCGGCAAUGUCAGUAAGUGAGCAGAAACCGAAGCAGCCUACAUCAGCAAAAAGCACUAUGACAGCAACUCAUGCGGAGUCUUCUGAAGCCGGAUGGGCCUUGCAGAAACCGAGGGGUAGUGGGACAAGGUUCUCAGAGAACGUAAAGUCAUAUCUCCAAGCCCGAUUUGACGUCGGGGUACAAACUGGAAGAAAGUCUGGUCCAGUUCAAGUGUCAGCGGAUAUGAGAAGCGCCAAAAACCAAGACGGCACUAGAAAAUUCUCGAGAGACGAGUGGCUGAAGAAGGUACAAGUUCAAGCCUUCUUUUCCCGAUUUGCUGCAGCGCAGAAGAAACAGGUGACUCAGAGACACGUGGAAAAAGACGACGAAAAUACUCUGCUGGAUGAAGAUCUUGCACACCUGGACCAACAAAACAAAGAUGAGGAUGUUCAAGAGGUGCUGUCUCAAAUAGGACUGGAACGUCCGAUCACAUAUGAUGGCUACGACAUCUGCGAUCUGGUCAAGACUGAGGCAUUGUCGCGCUUUACUGUGAAGGAACUGAGGGUAAUGUGUGACCACUUUGAGCUGCCACGUAAAUCAACGGACAAGAAAGCCGCUCUGAUUAAACACUUUACCGACAUGGUGGAAGAGUGUAGCUGCUCAUAA